ACACAAUCAUGUCCUUCACUGACGCGCCAGUAACCAAGGCACUGGUCUUGGGCCUGGUUGGGCUCUCCAUCGCCGCCAGCGUCUUUGACAUCAAGCACUACUUCUACAUCUCAAUUGGCACUCACUUCCUCCGCUACGGACAACUAUGGCGCAUGUUGACGUACCAACUAUGCUACACCAACUCAUCCGAGGUGCUCUUUGGAGCCAUGUCCCUUUAUCACACGAGAAUGGUUGAGCGGUUUUGGGGCUCCAGGAAAUAUGCCUCCUUCAUCCUCCUAGCCGGACUCUUCACAGCCAUUAUCCCGCCCAUCUUCCUCACUGUCGUCCUACGACCGCUCUCCUUCGGCGUCCUGGACUACAUACCCGCCGGACCGACACCGAUUCUCUUUGCCAUUCUCGCGCAGUACCACGCCAUGAUCCCGCAGAUCUACAAGUACAAGGUCGCCUUAUCCGCCAACUCGCCAUCCAACGCCAGCGACGACACCAGCGGGUUCAUCUUCUCGGACAAGUCGACACGGUAUCUCAUGGCUUUGCAGCUGGCCCUCUUCCAGUGGCCCGGCUCUCUCCUCGGUGCGGUGAUUGGUUGGGCAGUGGGGUAUUUGUGGCGCAACGAUCUCUUGCCUGCGGCGGUUGCGCGCUGGCGGGUUCCGGGGUGGGUGGUCGGUCUUCGCGCCCAGAAGAGGAACGACAGGUUUGAUGGGAUUCGGAGGAGACUGGAGGAUGAAGGGGCAUCUACUGGUGUGGCUACGGGUGCGCAGCCAGCUGCUGAGGGGGAAGGAAACAGGAGGAGACCGUUGGGUCAGCAACUGAUAGAUGAGGUUAGAGGGGCCUUCUAAGAUGAGGAGUAUGGGUGUUUCCAGUUCGGACAUGAUGGUUUGAGGCCCCUGAGGACAGCACUAAUACAAAUGUUGGUUCGUAAC